GUUUUUAUCACAAAGUUUGCCUAUACAGGCUUGAAAACUCGAGGAGCUAACCUCCUGAGUUUGCACAUGCAUCUCUGCCUCGUCAAGCGGCAUCGACGCGCACCCCCGCCCACGGCAGGAUGAGCGCUGAGGUCACGCCCGAUCACCCGGUGGGCUCCGACUUCGUCGGGCAGCUGAAGGGGGCAAUGGCGACGGGCGACCGGCGGAAAGCGGACGCGCUCCUCAGGGCCACGGCGGCGACGGGGGGGAACCCCGACGCCACGAUCGAGCUGUCGAACGACGACUGGCUGAAGGACCCCUCAGUUCAGCUCCCGCCAGCCGUGCUGAUGGGUGAGUUCCCCAGGCGAUCCCUCGCCAUGGCGAUCUUUCUCACAAAUCGCUCGAUCCCUCCGUCGCUCCGCGGCUGAACGCUGGCUGAGCAGAGAGCCUCAUUUGAGGGCGAAGCAGAUGGAGAAACAGAUGGGGAAUUCGGCAGGGCCCGAGCCCUGCAGCAGCGUUCAGCUGGUGUGUCAUUUCUAGCAGGGUGAACAUGGAUGAGUCGUUAAGUCCCCGCCUGAUUGGCUCCAGCAACGGGGCGUGGCUUCUCGCAGUUCAGAGCAGAGCACUCACUGUGUGCGAUGGCAAGAAGUGCUAAACCUAAAAUUGAUGUGCACAUCUGUUAGUGAAAAGACACAUGGACAUUG